AGCUCGACGUGUGCAAUAAUCUCGAGGCGUUAACAAGUCCAUGCCCCAAACGUGGAGCAGCGAGCGCUACUGCGCUAGUGUGCGAGCGAGACGGAAGAUCACCAAGUCUCUCUCUCUCUCUCUCUCUCUUUCCCUCGCGCCUCGCCCGUGCUGCUAUCGUCUCUCUCGCGGACGUUUGACUUGGCUCCCCUUGGGUCAGCGCCGACCGACAGACAGUGCGAGCCGCGUGUAGUCAAGUAGGAAAAGUUUUUAAUGGUGGUCGUGCAGUAGUCCCUCGGCCGCCCCCCGACGUUCAGCUAGAUCCGCGCCGCGACACCGCUGUUUAUUUUUCUCUAACCCUACCCUCACGGCGACGGACUAAAGGAUGGCUGUGGCUGCCAGGGCACUGACGAAAUUCUCAGUCGGGAGUCGUAGUGGACUGCUGAGAACUCAGAUUAGAUUUAACUACUCGGAAACCAGGAAAAAUCUAAAAAUCAACUCUGAAACCAAAGUCAUUUGUCAAGGCUUCACAGGAAAGCAAGGAACUUUUCACUGCCAACAGGCUCUUGACUAUGGCACAAAAAUCGUGGGAGGUGUCAAUCCAAAGAAAGCUGGAACUGAACAUCUUGGCAAGCCUGUCUUCAAAAAUGUUACAGAGGCCAAAGAAGCAACUGGUGCCACCGCAUCGGUAAUCUAUGUACCACCACCAGCAGCUGCUUCAGCUAUCAUGGAAGCAAUGGAUGCUGAAAUGCCAUUAAUUGUUUGCAUUACAGAAGGAGUUCCUCAACAUGACAUGGUAAAAGUAAAGAGGCGGUUAUUAGAGCAAAACAAAUCACGUCUCAUUGGACCUAAUUGCCCUGGAAUCAUUGCCCCUGAACAGUGCAAAAUUGGAAUUAUGCCAGGACACAUUCAUCAAAGAGGCAAAAUUGGUAUUGUUUCAAGGUCUGGAACUUUGACCUAUGAGGCUGUGAAUCAAACCACUCUUACUGGACUCGGCCAAACACUGUGCGUUGGUAUUGGAGGUGAUCCUUUCAAUGGUACAGACUUCAUUGACUGCUUAGAAAUAUUUUUACAAGAUCCAGCGUGUAAAGGUAUCAUUAUGAUUGGUGAAAUUGGAGGAAGUGCAGAGGAGUUUGCUGCAGAAUAUCUGACUGAGCACAACACUGGUGCAAAUGCAAAGCCAGUUGUAUCUUUCAUUGCUGGCAUCACAGCUCCACCAGGCAGAAGAAUGGGUCAUGCUGGUGCCAUCAUCUCUGGAGGAAAGGGCGGGGCUCAGGACAAGAUCAAUGCACUCGAAAAGGCUGGCGUUAUAGUAACCAGGAGUCCUGCCCAAAUGGGAAACACACUACUGAAAGAAAUGACUCGCCGUGGUCUUGCUUAAAUUAAGGAUUUUCAAUCAGCUUUUCGCUGUAAACAAAAAAGCCAUUGUAGUUUGUCUCAGUGUCCAUGUAUACUCGUGAAUAAAUUUUAACAUGUUAUCUUCGAAUAAGUCAUUAAAAUCAUUACGAUGACGUGAAUAAAACAGCUUAAACGCGAGGUAAUAUCAAUACUCUAAUCAUUUAGUUAUCAUGAUAAAAGAAGUCAUUGUUGUUACUUUAUCUUCGCAAUCCACUGGCUUCCAAAGUUGAAGUAAUUGCAAAGCACUUCAUUUCAUUUUUACAACUGUACAGUACACGAAAGUUUAAUGAAACGUUUAAAGGUUCGCAUCUGUUUUUCAUAGAGUGUAUCUAUGAAAUAAGUUAGAGCUUGUGGCACUUUGAGCUUUCAAUGAGACUAAACUACAAGGUACUACUGUUCCAAUGCAUCUAAUGUUGAACAUAAUAUUGCAGAAAAAUUGUCUGCAUAUGAUGUAUGUAAUUUUACUGUAAAUUAUGUUAAAUAAUAAAAUAUAUCUAUUAAAGUCACGAUUA